UAAACAGACACGGAGUCGGGUUGUCCAAAAGCAUAUGUUCCCAUAGUAACUGGGAUGGUUUUAAAAUGAGAUUCGUUUGUACAGAUGGAAUAAGACUGUUUUAUAGACAGCUUAAUUCUUGGAAUAUCCCAAGUUCCCAAAGUCAAUGCAAUACCUCUAAAUAUGUUUUAAAAGGAAACCGAAUAUGCGAAAUCGUGUUUUAAUACGUCGCUCGUGUAUUCCGCCCUUCCAGCCUUCGCCCUGCCUGCUGAACCUUCCCUAUCUUUUGUGUUGAGGGGAGGGGCAGAGCGGCGUGUCACUAACUCACCACGCAUAUGCUUGCAGCGUGCUCGAAACUGCAUUCGACAUCACUUAAACGUGGGAACGUAAUCCUGUUCACUUUCACCAAAUUGAAGGAUAUUUGUUGCAAUCUGGCUACCAGAUGCAACGAACCAAAAACAUGGAAUUGUAGAUUUCAUCUCCCCCGACUGCUUUGAAGAAUGCACACGAGAAGCCUGGACAAAAGGGCUUUUGAGGUGCUGUAAACACACGGAGACUGACAUGAGUAGACUGCCACUUUUUGGAGAUGUAUCUGUAUGUGGAAGGAUGAUGUGUUGAAUUCUAAUUUUAAGCAUUUUGUCAACAACACACACAACUCACCAUUCAGUGCAGUAGUACAUUCUGGAGAAGGAACUUUACAGAAAAGAAGGAAUGUAAAUCUUGUACAUGUAUUCCCUAAGCUCUUGAAUGUUCAUGAAGGACAUAAAUUUUGCAAAACGUGGCAUAAGGAUGGCAAGCGUGGUAUGGCAGUCUUUCUCAGCCUAUUCCCCUUUCUUUCUGACAAUCUUUUACAUGGCUGCGUCAGUGCAAAGAGCUGAGGAUGAUGUCACACCACGCCUAAGCUUUGUAUAUGAUACAGAAGACAGGCCAGCCAAGAGGUUUUCACCUGCUGGAGUGUUCAACUUUAGCUCUCUGCUCCUAAAUCCUGAAGAUAACACACUAUACAUAGGUGCAAGAGAGGUUCUGUUUGCACUUAACCUCAGUGACAUCAGCAGACUGCAACUGCACCGCAAUUUCACAUGGGGCACACCUGAAAGAAAACGAGAAGAGUGUAGCUUUAAAGGCAAAAAUCUGCACACUGACUGUUUCAAUUAUAUCAAAAUUCUACUGCCUGUAAACAACACUCAUCUGUAUGUGUGUGGAACCUAUGCCUUCAGCCCUACAUGUGCCUACAUUACCACAGCAGACUUUUCUUUAGUGCAAAGCAGUUCAGGGGAGAUUUUAACUGAGGAUGGACGCAAUCGCUGCCCGUAUAAUCCUGAAUAUAAAUCUACUGCCAUCAUGGCUGAUGGAGAGUUGUAUGCUGCUACUGUCAGUAAUUUUCAAGGGAACGAGCCAAUAAUUUACAAAAGCUUUGGUCAGGGCACUACUCUAAAGACAGAAAACUCAUUAAACUGGCUUCAAGACCCAGCUUUUGUAGGCUCUGCCUUCAUCCAGGAGAGCCUUCCAAAAGGCAAUGCAGUGGGUGACGAUGAUAAAAUUUAUUUCUUCUUCAGUGAAGCAGGGAAAGAGUUUGAUUUCUUCGACAACACCAUUGUUUCACGUAUUGCUCGUGUGUGUAAGGGUGAUAAGGGAGGGGAGAGGGUCCUGCAGAAGAAGUGGACCACCUUCCUAAAAGCCCAGCUCCUCUGCUCAUUGCCUGAAGAUGGCUUUCCUUUUAACAUCAUUCAAGACAUGUUUGUCUUGACACCCAAUAAAGAGGACAGGAAGAGCACUGUGUUCUAUGGAGUUUUUACUUCUCAAUGGUACAAAAGGGCAUCGAGUGGCUCAGCUGUGUGCACAUUUUCCAUGAGCCAAGUGGAGGAGGUGUUUAAUGGUCGUUACCGGGAGGUUAACAGGGAAACACAGCAGUGGUACACCUAUAAUCACCCAGUCCCAGAACCCAGACCUGGAGCGUGCAUUACUAAUGCAGCUCGUGCUCAAGGCAUCUUCUCCUCACUGCACAUGCCGGAUAAAGUGCUGAACUUUGUGAAGGAUCACUUCUUGAUGGACAGUGUGAUCCGCAGCAAGCCAUUGAUGGUUAAACGCAAUGUGCAUUAUACACAAAUCACUGUACAUCGUGUCGAUGCUGUUCAGAGGGCCUAUAAUGUGCUUUUCCUGGGCACAGAUGAUGGCAGACUUCACAAAGCCAUCAACUCCAAAGGCAAGAUGCACAUCAUAGAGGAGCUGACACUUUUUCAAGAACAGCCUGUGCAACACAUCAAGCUUGAUGCUGAAAAGGGUGUGUUAUUUGUGUCCUCUUACUCUGGACUGGUGGAGGUUCCUGUUGCUAACUGCUCAAACCACCAGAACUGUGGGGAGUGUAUUCUUAGCAGAGAUCCUUACUGCGCCUGGACAGAGGGGCAGUGUAUGAAUGUCAAGCAGGCAUCAUCUAAAAGUAAAAUUCUGCAAGACAUAGAAGAUGCCAACACAGUCACAUGUGAUGAGACCCAGCCCAGGUCACACUCUGCACAAAUUCCAGCCACACGUAUUUUUCCAUGUCAAGUGAUCCGAAUCCCAGUGAACACAUUUCAUGUACUGCCAUGUAAGAUGCGCUCUAACCUGGCUGAAAGACGAUGGGAGUAUAGCAAGGGUGCUGGGCGCUUUCUCUAUCUACGUUCUGAUGGUGGGCUAGUAGUAUCCCGAACAGACGGAGAAGAAUCCUAUGAAUGCUGGUCAGUAGAAAAGGGCUUUCGGCAGCUCCUGGCCAAUUACUGUGUGAAGGCAGAGCCACAGCAUGAGGGCACCACCAUGAUUGGUAGCACUCAGACCUCCCGAGUUCCCAUGGAGGAGCAAGUAAUACUACCAGGUGAAGCUCGCUCAUCACAGAUGGAGACUAAAACCUACUGGAAUGAGCUGAUUGUGGUGUGCACACUGCUGGGCUUCUCGCUUCUUGUCCUUUCUUUGCUUGUGAUCUACCGGAAUAGAGACCACAUGAAAUCCAUGUUAAAGCAGAGUGAGUGUCCCAACAUGCAGCAGAAAAAGGCACGAAUGACAGUAAAGCCGACUGAAAGUCUACCACUGAAUGGCAACACCAUUCCAUCCUCGGUGUCAGACCACAAAGGCUACCAGACACUGAAUGACAACUACUUCUGUGGUACACCAACACAAGAGUGUUCUUCACCUGAGAACAGCAAAAGUUUCUCAGAAUCAGAACAGCGCCCAUUACACUUGAAGGACACCCAUGUAGAGAUAUCGCCCGCCUGCCCACGUCCUCGAGUACGACUCGGGUCAGAGAUCAAAGAUUCCAUCAUUUAAGACAUUUGAUGUAAAUGAGAUGCAAAUGACAACAGCAGUGAUCGUGCAGUGACAUGGAGGGAAGUGACAGGACACACAGCAAAGACUUGAAACAAAUUUCUGUUGAACGUUUCAUACUAUAUUUGUAUUAUUUUGUUUGCACUUUGUCCCCUACAUCCCUUGCGUGAUGCUCACACACUCUAUUCACUGGUAGUUUGCAUUUCAAGGGGCAAAAAUGAGAGAGGGGCAAAUCUCUGGCAUUUAAACCUUGAUGGUUCAUGGAAUAUGGUGUUCUGAUUUAAUGCCAAUGGAAUAUUUCCCAUCUUUUCUGUCCAUGUCAUCUGUUGGCUUCCGUGUUAGUUACGGGAGGCCCUCAGGGAUUACUAUCCUGACCCCCUCCUGUAAACCUUGCAUAUGCCAUUUGAUGAUUAACCUACUGCAGGGUGCCAGAAGGCUAUACGGUGCCAGAAGGCUACAUGUAGUACUCUUGUAAACCAGCAUAGAUAGUGUAAUUGGUACAAUGUGAACAAUCUUUGAUUCAGAAGCCUCAUGGUGUAUAUAUGCAAGGCUAGAGUACAUCAUCAUGACCUCAGUACAAGUUAGUUGUACUAUGCAAAGCACUGGGAAUUUAAUGGAAAUUAGAUUUCCUUUAAAAAAGACAAAGCCAGCAUUGGCACAUGGCCACAUAUUCAGUACUGCCUCUCAACACAACACACAUACAAUCAAGUAUAAAAGCAAGAUAAGCCAAGGUGUAAUGCUGUACAGUGAUUUUGGUGCAAAACAUAAACAGGACGUAGGAUAGCAUAUGCUACAGGCAGAAAAUAGGAAUUGAAUGCAGAAAUAGAAACCUAAGAGAAGACCUAAGAAAUGGAGGCGUUCAUAGCCCAUGCUUAAGCCCAAGGAUCUUUCCUAACAUGCGCAGUGUUGGUGAUGAAAUAGAAAACUCGAGAGGUAGUUCAUGUAGAUACUGGUGGUGACCAGCAUCAAUAAUAUUAUACCUAUUUAAAAAAUCUAAUCUGUAUUGAAUUGUGCCAAAUUUUCCUAAUGUCAACAUGUUUUUGAUUGUAUUGCGAUGUGGUACAAAGGGGUGUUGCAUUUAAAUUGAUUGAAAUCAUAUAAACUGAAAAAUUUAAUAACUUUUAAGCUUAAAGUGGAAAAUUUCCAUUCUUGUGAACCAAAUGUGUAGCGAUAUUUUGGACUGCAUUUAUUUGCAUAUGUUUACCUUGUGGAAGACAAAGAUGGCUGGACAUUCAUCAUGUUACCUCAGUUGUUUAACUGAUUAGAGCAGUGUGUUUAAAAACAUUAAAGUGGCAUAUGAUGAAAAUAUACCACCACACACUUAUAUACAGUGCCUGUCAAAAUAUUGGAAACGCUUCCACCUCCAUGUUUGACUGUGGGUGUGAGGCAGUCAGGAAACAACAUCUCUCCUGUUCUUCUUCUUACAUAAGUUCUUUUAUUAGAGCCAAAAUAUCAAAUUUGGACUUAUCUGUCCACAGAACUUUCUUCCAGUCAUUCACUGUCCAAUUCUUGUUUUAAAGGUUUUGACAGGCACUGUGUGUGUGUGUGUGUGUGUGUGUGUAUACACAUAUAU